CUCACGUGAAUUGAUAGCCUAUACACACAGCUGCUGGGGAGGGAAGGAGGCGUUCUAAGUGCAUCAGGCUGUCAGCGUCGCACUCUGGUCACUGAAACUAAUCAGAAGGACACUUUUACGCCACCCAUCAAUCGGUUUACUGACUGAAUAAAUAAUCCAUCUGUCUCCUGUAACCUUGGCGGAAGUUGUGGAAACAUAAUUGGACGUAUACGUUUGAAAUAUUGCCGACAACAUGGCUGAUUUUAGUAUCGAUCAGGAAAACCUGCCUGGAGUAAAAGAGGUGUGUCGGGACUUUGCUGUACUGGAGGACCACUGCCUGGCCCACAACCUGCAGGAACAGGAAAUUGAGAGCCAUUUGGCGUCCAACAUCAACAGGAGCCGCCUUGUGCAGCAGGACCUACUAGUGGCCAAACGUCUGCAAGAUGAGGAAGACAAGAGAGCCAAGGACCAGAAGCAGAAAAAGCACCAACACUUGGAGCAGACUGACAGUGAGAUAGCCCAGGAGAUCCAGGAGCAGCUUGUUCUACAGGCAGAGCAGCAGAGACAACAGGAGGAGAAGGAUGCGGCUAUCGCUCGUAAACUCCAGGAGAAGGAGAUGAAAGAGGAGAAGAAACGUCAAAAGCAGCUGGAGCCCAAACAUGAGGAGGAAUACUAUGAUGAGAAAGGAGUUCAUCGCAUCCCCUCUGACACGGGCUACCCCUCUCCAGAGAAUAGCCGCAAAAAGGCCUCAGACACCGGGCGGAGGAGGUACCCCGAGUACGACCCGCCCGAGCUGGGGGGUCCCCGGCUCCAUGCAAGCCCCGGCAGGGACAGGCAUCAGGACAGGCGGGGCCGCUACCCUGACCACUUGCCCCCCGAGGGCAGGGAGAGGCAGGGCGAGCACAGGAGGGGCCGAGGCGCCCCGGCCGAGGAGCGGGAGGACGAGCCGGUGGUGCGCCGGAAGGAGAGACCCCUCCGACCUCCACCGCCCAGCUACCCCACAGAAAGAGACCGGGAUCAGGAGAAGGACAGGGACAGGAGGAAGGAUAAAGAGAGGGAUAGAGAUGGAUGGAGGGAUGGGGAGAGACCCAGAGAGAGGGCCAAAAGCCGCGACAGGCUGGAGAUGUCGGAGUCCGAUAGGGACCGACACAGAGAUCGAGAUCGUGACGCAGAGCGGGACCGACAUGGACACAAGAGACAAGAAGAACUAGACUGGUCCAGAGGCAGAGAUGGACACGAGACCAAAGAUGUCCAUAGAGGCCGAGGCAGAGACUGGGAGAAGGAAAGGAAGAGGGAGAAGAGGAAUCACAAUGGUCACACGAGGAGCGGAGAGAGGGAUCAGGAGGAGCGCACGGGAUCCUGGUCCGAGGACGAGGAGGCCAGGAGCCGCCUGCGUCUCCCCUCGGGGCCCAGUGAUGUGUUUGAGGAGCCUAGCAGCUCUCGCUCCCCCAGGAGGGGGGAGAGGAGGGAGACUCUGGACCUGGACGAUGAUGUCCAGAGGGUGCGCUCUCAAUCUAGGGAGCUCGACUCCCUCUCCAGCUCCCCUCUGGAUAGAGGCCGUGGAGGUCGAGGGGAGUUUGGCGUGGUGGAGGCGCAGCAGGGCCUGAGCCGGAUGGCUGUGCGAGAUCAAGAGCUGCAGGAGCUGCGGGACCUGGAGGUGGCGCGCCUCCUGCAGGAGGAGGAGCUCAAGGCCAGUCAGAUGGGCAAGCGCCACGCCCAGGCUGCUCAAGUGGCUCAGGACGAGGAAAUUGCACGGAUGAUAAUGGAGGAGGAGAAGAAAGUCUUUAAGAAAUCGCGGGACCGAGAGCGAGAGAAACCAGCCAUGGACAGGAGAAAACCAGAAGGCGACUGGAAGCCAGCAACAGAGGAGGUAGUGCGACCCAGAUCACGAGAGGAGUAUGACCAGCAGAGAGCCCGCAAUCAUAAACCAUCCAGGCCUGCCCGUCCCCGCACACCUGACUAUGAGAAUGUGGAGUCUAGUUAUGGCUACCCAGAGCCCCAUUACCCUCCACGGCCCGCCACCCGACCCGAUGCUGCCUACAAAGGUUCCUACUAUAAGCAGUGAUGUAAGCCCCUGCUGCUUGUGCUGAAUUCUACUUCCUCUUUUUUUUUAUUAUUAUUAUUUAUUUUAUUGUCUUGUUUGUCACUGUACCAUGGUCAGAGGUGGCUAGGUCCUGUGCUUACUCAAAACAUGAGAGAUUUUUCCCAUCAUGCCUCUCCCAGGCUGACCUGCUGGACCUUGGGUAGCUUUCUGAAGCAUUGCUGAUCUUUUUUUUUAUUGUUUCAGUUCUGCCUUUUUUUAUGUUGUUAUUCAAUCAGCUCGACACCAAGAGAACAAAAAAUGUCGAUCCUACUGUCCAAUCACGGCAUUCUCUGAUCAUGGAAAUCAUUGAGACUCUAAUGAGAGAGGAACAUUGAUGAUCUUUUUUGUUGUUGUUGUUGUUGUUGUUUGGACGUCUCAUGGCUUUGUCUGAACACACUCACACUGACAACGAGUACACAGGAUGCUGUUUGUGUUUGUGUGUGUGUCUGUGAUGAUUCUCUCCUCGUGGCCAUUGAUUUGGUGUUGGUCCAGCAGAGCCUUGAGGAUCUUCUAAGUCACGUCUUAACCCGCACUGGACGGAGUUGGGUCCUGGAUUCACCUUUUUCAAGGAUGAUAUUUUUUUUUUGUGUGUGUGUUAAACACAACAACAAAAAAAGAAGACGAGAAGAAGAAAUUGAAUUUUCAGGAUUAUUGGUCAUUCACUGUAUAUUGAACCUGAAGAGGUGCGGUCGUCAAUGGACACUUUGACCUGGAGUUCACAGGUCACGCUUGGUUGUUGUCUGUAUAUGUCUAUCAGUCUUUCUCUCUCUCUCUGUCUCUGUCUCUACAGAAUGCAUCGCUACUGCUACUGCUGUGUUUGUGUAUGCAUGCGGGCUGAAGGUAAACUCCAAAGUGUUUUAUUAUAGCUCAAGAGUUUGAGUGUCAAGGUAUUUUUUUGUUAGUUUUUUUCUCCUCCCCUCCACCCUUGAUGCACACUGUAGAGCUGAAGCUAAAAACUGACCAUGGAGAGCCCAUAUCCAAAACGUGGAUUUUGUUUGUUUUUUUUUACCAUGAAAAUUCUGCUCUGAGUUCUCAAUCUCCCUUCAUUCCGUUUCGAGCUCUUGUUGAACAAGCAACAGCAGUUUGCAAUAUUUGCAUGGUCCGUAUACAGAGUAACCUCAGCUGCAGGUAUUUGCAAAAAGGACAUUCUUUUUUCUUUUUUUUUUUUUAUAGGAAAGAACAACCACUUUCAUAUAUAAAAUACUAAGGCACUCAUUUCAAGCUGACAAAAACAUCAAAAAGGGAAUUUCACAAGCAUUGGUAGCUAGACCUGAAAAGGGAAUACAGCCAUGAUCCAUAAUACAGGCGCAAAUGCUUGUGUUUUAAUGCGCACUCUGUGUUAAACCAUUUCUGCCUUUUGGCAUGUGUGAUCCACCACACUUGUAUAUCACGUUUCUCAUGUUCAUGCUCUGGGUACAUUUUGUUCAUUGACAUUCCAACUUCUGUGAGGCCAAAGGGAUUGUACUUCCUGUCCUGUGCAUUCCCGCUCUGCACUGCAGGGAGCAGGAACUGGGUUCCUGUGGCCAAAAUUAGCAGCUAAAUGAAGAUGUACUCACAGCUCAUUUAUCAAUGCUGCCAUGCCUCGGAAAGGCAGACUGUUAUCAGAGCUUGUGACAGAGAGAGAGUGUGUGUGUUGGCACAUCUGUGGCCAUAGUGGUUGAUGCAGUCUCUUGUAUGCUGUAGAUAACAUGGUUGCAAAUAUGCUGUUUCCGCAGUCAAUUUGUAAUUUGAUUCAUUUAUUUGUUGUUGGUAGAGUGUAUUGAUGACUACCAUGGACCCCUUUCCGCUGAAGCUGAACUGCAUUUGAUGCAUUUCUGCAAUGCAUUUUAUGAGCUGUCAUUAAUAUGCUGCAUAGACAUUUUUGUUUCUGAUAAUUAAAUUGGCUCUACGGGAUUCGUGCCAAAAUGCUCACUUUUUCAGGGAUCUAAUUGUGGCGGCAGCUUGUCAGGAUUGUCAGUUGUCAAUCGUUCACCCCAGUAGGUGGUUUUUCACAUUCCCUUGUUUGUUUGUGUUUUUUCAUCUUUUUCCCCCUUUUAAUCAGGACUUCUUUGGUUAUCCUUUGGGUAUGAUUGAUCAUGAUAUUGUUCACAAUAUUGUAUCUAUGUAUAACUCCAUGUUUUUUGUACAUGACUAAUUAAAUGGGCAUCUGAUUCCAUCACAAAGAAUUAUCUGUACUGUAAGUUAUCUGUCCUUUCUGUUUUAGAGAAAGAAGGAUUGCAUUGAUGUGAUUGUCCUAUCCCAAAAUACAGUUCUCUGACCUGCCACUACUGCUGAUUUAUAUAUUGUUUUCUUUUCUGUUAUUGGGGGCCAAGCAGUGAAGCUGCGCAGGCACUGAUUUGUGUUUCUAUCUUUUCUGAAUCAUCUUCUUCUUCUUCUCCUUCUUGUUCUUAUUCUUCUGGCUAGGGUGUUUUAUGGCAGCCCCUAGAACUUUAUGGGGAAAAGUUAUGAAGUUUGGCACACUUACUGGGGACGGUCCCCUGACUCAGUUCACCCAAGUUUCAUGUCUGUGCUCUAGCGCCACUGAUAGGUCAAAGUUGUUGGUGGAUUUAUGCACGUAACUUUUGAACAGUAUGCUUGAUUUAAAAAAAUAAAACAAAACAAAAAAGCUCCAUUGGGUUCCUUGGAUCAAGCCAAGUUCACUGCACCCUAUAAUGUACAUUUCCGCCAUAUUGGAUUUUCCACCAUCUUGAAUUUUAUGAAAUUUCACACACCACAAAGUUUGUCCAAUCUUUACCAAAAUUGGUACAGAUGAUCUUCAGAUCAAGCCUCACAGUUUCAUUUGCUUUGCUUCUCGAUUUGUGAAAGUGUUUGUCACAGCUUAUUAAAUUUGGCUGCAAAGCCAUAGAGGAGGUAAUAUCUCAGUAGCACUUUGACUUAUCAAAAACCAAACUUUGUACAUGGACUCAGUUUCCCUUUCUGAGUUUGUGCAAAAAGGUUGGGUGCAAAAAGGUGUUUUGGCUAAUAACUGAUGGUGUGUAUAUAUAAUAAAUACAGGUAAUACAGUGGGAGGACCCAAAGCUGAGACAUAGCAAAUUGUCAUGGCAACCUAAUUGAUGCCACCACUAUGCUGGAUUUUAUGAAAAGUGUCAAAAAUGUUUUACAGGCCUCACCGUUUUUUUAUUUUCAUCACAAUUUGCACAAAUGAUCUGCAGACCAAACCUCACAAACAUAUUCAUAUGGACCUUUGACUUUUUAAAAGCAUUCGUCCGUCACAGCAAAUUGAAAUUUGGCAGCAAAGCCAAGAAAGAGGAAGUGAGGUCUAAGCAACUCUUUGAUGCAUGCAUGUUUGACACCAAACUUUGUAUAUGGACUCAGGAGCCCUUCCUGAGGUUGUCCCGAAAAUGUGCAUCAUUUGACCACUGAGGGGAGUUGUACUAGGCAAAAGUUAUGAUAUGUUUGCCUUAAAAAAAUGUCUUUGCUAUGUUUGGUGAUAUCUCGGAAGAUCCCAAGGAUCCCAUCCCAUGAGAACCCAUCAUGUUGACCAAAUUUAUGUGCCCGCCAUAUUGGAUUUAUUGAAAACCUUUUAAAAGUUCUCAGCAGCCACAAAUGUUGUCGAAUCUUGUCACCAAAUUUGGUACAGAUAAUCUUCAGACAAAGCCUCAUGAAAGUAAUCAGAUGGAGUUUUUAUUUUCGAAAGUCAUUCAAACCAUUCUUCCAUUACAGCCUAUCGAGGCCGACGGCAAAGCCACCGAACAAGAAGUGAGCUCAUAUUGGCCAGUCUUUGGUCAAUUGACAUGAAACUUGCUGUGAGUGCUUACAGCCAUGCUCUUCGUUUCCAUGACAACUGUGCCCUGUUGGGUUGCUUGGCCCCCUCAUCACUGCUUGCAGCUAUAUUUUUGUCUGUUUGUCUUUAAAUACAACUUUUAUGGGCAUUUUUAAUAUGUACUUUCCAAUCCCAACAAAGUAUAGUUACAUCAAGUAUAGUUGUAAAAACCACAAUAUUUUUCAUGCUGUUCGACCUUCAACAUCACCUGAGGUUGUAAGGCUUUAUUGUACUAUCAGGUCGGACUCAAUGAGUUGAGCAUUAAGAUAAGCGGGAUUAGCAAUGCUUAAGUGGGGAAAAAUAAAUAAUGUACUGUAUAUGACUGCUGUUAUCCAUUUCAGGCAGAUUAAUUCAAGUGGACUUCACACUGCAGACUUAAGACACCCCCAGAGAGCCUUAAUGCUUUUUUGAUGUCCAUGCAAGAGCUAUCCAUGAUGGUUUUGUAGCAUUCCACCAGUGCCUCGUUUCAUAAGAGGAAAAGGGAGCACUGAUUAUAUAAGCCAGUAGGGCACUGGUUUUCCCAGAACAGCAUGUCAUUCGUUUCCCACAAUUUGACCCUUCUUAAACAAUUAAUUUGUCUCAGAUCUGAUGUUAGUUAUCCAGGACACCACCCCUUAAUGUUGUCAAUUGUGGUUGAAACUCAUACCCCCCCCCACCCCCCACCUCACCUAACCACCAUCCUUCCUUGAGUCACCAGAGCGGGGUGUGACAGGUUGUCAUGACAAUGGGCCUUCUUGCAUACUCUAAGCUCAGAGACAGCCUUGAAGUUCUGGGCACAUUCCAGUCAUUUCUUGUGGUGUUUUUUUAAGGUGAUCUUAAUUAUGUUCUUUCUUAAUGUUGGGAAAUAUAUACUGUAUUUGUAUGCAAUGGGAUAUUCAAUGGUGUAAAAAUCAUUUAUAUGCCACAAUCUGUUUACCUUUGGACUGAAAGCUGAGAGUUUGGAAUGAUGGUGUUUCUGGAAACUGAUUUGCUGGUUAUCUGACUGUCUUAUAAUACAAUGUUUGAAUCUACUAAAUGUAUCCAUUUAAAUCUGAAGUUUUACAUUUUCCAUGAAUUGGGAGUUUGUUCUUGUGUGUGUGUGUGUGUGUGUGAUUUUUUUUUGUUUUUUCCCAGUGGCUGGCUUGUUGAGGAAGCUUGGAAGCAGCACCUCACUCUCUUGUGCAUGUUUCAUGUUGAGCUGUUUGAGCAUGCUAGAGACACCCAUCAUCCUAUGGGUGCUGACUUAGAUUUUAGUCACUUCAGUGAAUAGGCCAAGAGAAUGAAUGAGUCUCACUUCAGAUGUAGUUAAAUCACACGCACAGUUUAAUUACUUUCAGUGUCCUCCAGGGGCAAAUCAAGUACUCAAUCAUCUGAAGUCAGUUUUGACUGUAAUUAAUAUAGGUUCAAAUGGAAUUGAUAUCCCCAACUGAAUUUCAGCUGAGCACAAACCAAGAACAGUGGGUUCUUUUUAACGGGGGCUUCGUCAGUUUACAGUAUAUUAACAUUUAAAAUCAUGCAGCCUCCUCUUUUUUUCAGAGCAUUGUGGAACUAAACCUUUAGCAUUAGCAUGACAGGCUAAUGCCACUUCAUAGCUUUGGGGUAACUUCUCAGGCUGACAUGACCGCUAGUGUAGUAGUAAAGUUGUUGGAUAGUAGUUUGGGCCACAAUCCUUUAGUCCUUCUCAGUUUUAGGCCUUUAUCAGGCUGUUGUUGGUACUUGUAUUAAAUGCUGGAACAAAUGUGUUUCAUGAAAAACAUGGCUGUCUUGAGCAGAGUUUCUUCCUCUGUCUCCAGCAUUGUUCCCUCUUUACAGUGCAGGUUCAUUGUCGUAAAGCACAAACCUGCUCUUAUCCCAAGACGCUGGGGUAUAUCAAAAUACUGUCUUGUUUCUUUAACUGUGCUGACUAAAUGUGUGUAUGAUUGGUGUUGGUAUCAUUGCCAUAGCAGACAACAUGAAAUUCAAGUGCCAUUUUGUAAAAUCCAAUACUCUUUGUUUUGGGGAAGGGGUGACAGUGACUGGUUCAAAUUAUUGUAGUGUACAAUGACUGGAAUGAUCACGUGUUUUGCAAAUUGCAACCAUUAAUCUUUAUUUCUCGUAAGAUUCAAACGAUAUUUCCAUAUUUAUUUUUUACAUUCACUAUAGUAUAUACACUAUAGCAAAUUACUUGGUGAAUUAAGGAUUUCAAAACAAGAUUGUAACAAUGUUUUGGCUGCUUGGAGCAAUAAAGUAAUGCUGCUUAGCAGAGAAACAG